GAAAAUGUUGGAGUGGAGACUGGUCUGUGUUCAAUUUCAACUGAAAGUGAGGAGCUUUCCUCUCUCUUUCUCUACCCCCAAUUGAUCAUUCUUUUUAUCCACUUUUCUUUAAACAAUUCACUUCACUUGCAGAGAGUGAUACACUUACCUAACCUCAAUUUUCGUCAAUUUAUUUUGCAUCACACCUUUCGCCUUCCUGCGAAAGAUUACCAGAUAAUGAAGAAAGGGUCGUUGGCACCUAACCUCAAGCUCUCCGUCCCCCCUCCCGAUGACAUCUCUAAAUUUCUGACUGGGUCGGGAACGUUCAAGGACGGCGAUCUCUUGGUUAACAGGGACGGAGUUCGGGUUGUUUCCAAUAGUGAAGUGGAAGUUCCAACCUUGAUACAGCCGACGGAUAACCAGUUGAGCUUAGCCGACUUUGAUGCAGUGCAAGUCAUUGGUAAGGGAAAUGGGGGCGUUGUGCGUUUGGUGCAACACAAAUGGACGGCACAGUUUUUUGCGCUUAAGGUUAUUCAAAUGAAUAUCGAGGAGUCUGCUCGCAAGCACAUUGCUCAAGAGCUCAAAAUUAAUCAGUCAUCUCAAUGCCCAUAUGUCGUGAUUUGCUAUCAAUCAUUUUAUGAUAAUGGUGCAAUCUCCAUCAUCUUGGAGUAUAUGGAUGGAGGGUCUCUUGCAGAUUUCCUUAAGAAAGUCAGUAAAAUCCCAGAGCCUUAUCUGGCUGCAAUUUGCAAACAGGUACUCAAAGGUCUCUGGUAUCUUCAUCACGAAAUACAUAUCAUCCACAGGGACUUGAAACCUUCAAAUUUGCUGAUAAACCACAGAGGUGAUUGCAAGAUCACCGACUUUGGAGUCAGUACAAUACUUGCCAACACGUUGGGUCAAGCUAAUACUUUCGUUGGUACUUACAACUACAUGUCUCCAGAGAGAAUCAUCGGAGAUACUUAUAGCUAUAAAAGUGACAUCUGGAGCCUGGGUUUGGUUCUCCUCGAGUGUGCAACAGGAGAAUUUCCAUAUUCCGCACCUCAGGCAGAGGGAUGGAUCAAUGUCUACGAGCUAAUGGAAACCAUUGUCGAUAAGCCUGUGCCUCGUCCAUCUCCAGAUCUAUUUUCUCCGGAGUUCUGUUCAUUUAUUUCUGCAUGUGUGCAAAAGGAUCCUGAAGAUAGGCUAUCAGCGAACGAACUCAUGGCACACCCUUUCAUCACUAAGUACGACAAUCAUGAUGUUAAUCUUGCGGCGUACUUCACCAGUGCAGGACCUUCACUGGCCACACUUUAAUUCAAGGUUCAGUGUAUAGCAGCAUUACUGCACAUUAUGGCCAGCAGCUGGGAAGGCCAGAUGAGGCACUCCCAUUUCAGGACUGCUUCUGAAAUCACUAUUUGUGCAUCGUUACUAAGAAAGAGUUCACCAGUCUUGUAAUUUUGUAUGUUAGUGAAAUUUCAUGUGCUCUCAAGGGGGUAGGUUGACGCUGUUUUAUGUGCGAGUAUGUUGUAAGUUGUAACCUUUAUAUAAAUGAACCCCAUUUUGUGAUUUUCA